CACAGGCCUGUCUGUUUUGCUGACUCUGCUUCAAGCCUUAGGUAUGCUAGAUCUCUUGUAUGGAGUCUGCUUUGUGAAUCUGGGACGUGGACAAAGAUGUCUUCAUAACCUAAGAACUUGAAGCACUGGCUAAAGUCAUUCAAACUUGACGUCUGUUAUUUCUGACGUGACUCGAGCUGCGCCAGUGCUGGGAGGAUGGGUUAGGUUAUGCCUACUUAAGAUUCAGGUCAGUUCCAUGCAAAUUUCUCAUUCAGAAUCCAGACACUGGGUCUUUUAAGAAUUUGCCUGACCCAUAUAAGGCUAGUCUUACUCCUCUAUAGCCAGAUAAAGUUCUGCACUAACUUCGAGCCAAUUAGUCUUAUCCACUGUCUUUGCUGCUGCUGCUUUUCUCUGAAGCACCCAUUUCCUAACUAUCGGUGCAACACUUCUGCGCCAUUCCUAGGACAAGCUUUACUGUAAAAAAUGGCAUUUCAGAAGGCAGUAAAAGGAACUGUUCUCAUUGGAGGAGGUGCCAUAGCAACAGUUUUUGGCCUCUCUCAAUUUUCUCAGUAUAGAAACAAACACGACACUUUUGUGUAUGUUCAAGCUGCAGAACCUGUGACUGUUCCAAUAAAGAACUAUUUUCCCACAAGAGAACAACAACUCUUGACACUACAGUCUACAAGUGAAUUUGAUGUUCUUGUUAUAGGCGGAGGAGCAACAGGAUGUGGCUGUGCUUUAGAUGCAGUAACUAGAGGACUAAAAACAGCCCUUCUAGAAAGAGAUGAUUUCUCAUCAGGGACUAGCAGCAGGAGUACUAAAUUGAUCCACGGUGGAGUGAGGUAUCUUCAGAAGGCCGUCAUGAAGUUGGACUUUGAGCAGUACAAGAUGGUGAAAGAAGCACUUCAUGAGCGUGCAAAUUUGCUUGAAAUUGCUCCUCAUUUAUCAGCUCCUUUGCCUAUAAUGCUGCCUGUUUACAAAUGGUGGCAGUUGCCAUAUUACUGGGCAGGAAUAAAACUCUAUGACCUUGUGGCAGGAAAUCAGUGUCUGAAAAGCAGUUAUGUCCUUAGCAAGUCAAGAGCCUUGGAGUACUUUCCAAUGCUACGCAAAGACAAGCUUGUUGGUGCUAUUGUCUACUAUGAUGGACAGCACAACGACGCACGAAUGAACCUCGCCAUCGCCCUCACUGCUGCCAGGUACGGCGCUGCCACAGCCAAUUACACUGAAGUGCUGCGCUUGCUCAAGAGGACGGACCCGCGGAGCGGCAAGGAGCGCGUCUGCGGUGCCCACUGCAGGGACACCCUAACAGGGCAGGAAUUUGAUGUCAAAGCCAAAUGUGUUAUCAAUGCUACAGGACCUUUCACAGACUCUGUGCGCAAAAUGGAUGAUCAGGAAGUACCAAACAUCUGUCAGCCAAGUGCAGGCGUGCAUAUUGUCAUGCCUGGUUAUUACAGCCCUGACCACAUGGGUCUGCUUGACCCAGCCACCAGCGAUGGCAGAGUGAUUUUCUUCCUGCCGUGGGAGAAGAUGACGAUAGCAGGGACCACAGACAGCCCAACUGAUGUUACUUCCCAUCCAAUACCAACAGAAGAAGAUAUAAACUUUAUUUUGAGUGAAGUGCGCAACUACCUUAGUUGUGAUGUUGAAGUGAGAAGAGGAGACGUGCUGGCAGCAUGGAGUGGCAUUCGUCCUCUGGUCACGGACCCCAACUCUAAAGACACUCAGUCGAUAUCCCGCAAUCAUGUUGUUACUGUCAGUGACAGUGGCCUUGUUACAAUAGCAGGUGGGAAGUGGACAACCUACCGUGCCAUGGCACAGGACACCAUUGAUGCAGCUAUUCAGGCUCAUGGUUUUAAUGUAGGUUCCAGUAGGACUGUUGGGCUGCAACUGGAAGGGGCUGAGCACUGGAGUCCUACUCUCUACAUUAGGUUAGUCCAAGACUACGGACUUGAAAGUGAGGUAGCUCAGCAUCUAGCUUCUACAUAUGGUGACAGGGCUUUUGAGGUGGCAAAAAUAGCCCAAGUUACAGGAAAGAGAUGGCCUAUUGUUGGAAAACGUCUUGUAUCAGAGUUUCCUUAUAUUGAAGCUGAGGUCGUAUACGGUGUAAAAGAGUAUGCUCGCACUGCAGUGGAUAUGAUUUCCCGCCGUACGCGCUUGGCCUUCCUGAAUGUGCAGGCUGCUGAGGAAGCUUUGCCAAGAAUUGUAGAUAUAAUGGGGAAAGAACUUAACUGGAGUGAGCAGAAAAAAAAGGAAGAACUUGAUGCUGCUAAGAAGUUUCUAUAUUAUGAAAUGGGCUACAAAGUAAAGUCUGAUCAAUUAACAGACAGCUCUGAAAUCAGUCUAAUACCUUCAGAUAUUGAAAGAUACAAGAAGCGAUUUCAUAUGUUUGACAAGGACAAGAAAGGGUUUAUUACUAUACUGGAUGUCCAGCGUGUCUUGGAGAGCAUCAGCAUUGACAUUGAUGAAAAUACACUUCAUGAUAUCCUAAAUGAAGUAGAUCUGAACAAAAAUGGACAGGUUGAGCUCAAUGAGUUUUUGCAGCUCAUGAGCGCUAUUCAGAAGGGCCGCGUCUCUGGGAGCCGCCUGGCUGUCCUCAUGAAGACUGCUGAGGAGAACCUGGGUCAGAGGGUGGUAAUUCCCGUGGACCGGAGCGGUGGCGGACUGUGAGUCUGAACGACCCUGCUUACGGCCGCCCAGUGCUGAAACACAUUCCAGUGCUUUCGAUUGUCUGUGCUCGUCCGAGAUGACUUGUAUCUGCCCAUCAGUGUAGCCCUUACAGAAAUACAUUGGUGCAUCUGUUUUUCUUAUUAAUGGUUUUCUGUAUAGCUCUUAAUACACCAGUAUGUGGCCUUUUGGAAUGGGUAUGCUUUAGACACAGUUUAUUCACACGAGUUCGGGAAUGCAGUCUGGGAAGAUUCACGGGCGCUCACAGGUGCUUGUGAACAUGCUGCCUUGUUCAUUAACUUUCAGAUCACCUUUACCUUUAAAGAAAAUGAUGCUGAGAAAGUGAAUCCCCGCUUUAAAGAAAGCAUUACGUGGAGUUUUGCAAAUGUGCAAAACUCAAGUGCUUGAAAGCUCCUGAUCUGUCCCCCUCGGAAAAGAGCAAGGGGGAAAACUGGUGUUCUGGAGUUCAGGAUGGUAUCACAAAGCAAACAAGAACCUGAAACUUCCUCGGGUAACGGUGAUGGGAAGCAAUUGUCAUGGCUGUUUGCAGAACCUUCCAUGGGUGGCUGCUUUUGCUCUUCUCAGUGCUGUAUUAUUUCAGUGGUAUCAAUAUUUGGCUAGACAAAAAUAUUGGCUGUAUGAAGCUGGAAAACUACAAGACUAGACAAAAAAAUCUCAAUUUAUCACCCAUAACUUAAAAUUUUGAUGUUAAAAGCUGUGGGACAACUUUUCUCCUAUAUUUGUGGGUUUAAAAAAAAAAAAAAAAAAAAGCUUCCUUUACUAAAUUACAUUGUCUAGAAGGUGAUAUUUUAUGCUGUAAGGUGUUGCAUACUGCUUCCAAUUUUGGACAAGUACUGGUGAUAUGUAAAAUGUGACGGUUUUUGGUAGUAGAGCAGUCUUAAUAAUUUAUUUAGAAAAUUCUCAAAUAUAAAGUGAAACAGUGAAAUUUAUUCUGUUUCCAGUAGAUUUUUAUAGAAAAGUGAAAGGGCUAUUUUUCAGCAGAUUUAUAUAAAGAUUUUUAAAAAAAAAAAAAGGACUACUCAUUUGAGCUGUUUUCAACAAUGUUGCAUCUGACUCUUUGCUUUUCUUUUGUUAAGUUGACUAGGAUCAAGAUCAGAUGGGAGAUUUCCACCUAAUAUAGAGCAACAAAGGGAAAAAUAAUAUCUUAUUGAUUAAUUUUUCAUUCUUUUGUAUUCUUUGAGUAUAAAUGCCAGUUUACAUCCCAAAUGUGAAGCUUCAGUUCUAAGGUGACAGAAUUGCUACUUAUAUAAAAUUGGGUAAAUUUUAUCUGAUGUCACCACUUUCCUUAAUAGGAUAUAGCAGUGCACUAAUGAACAGCAAAGAUUACCUUCGCAUUUCUAAAGGGAAAAUACACACUUAGACGAAAUAGAGGUGCUGAGGAAUAUUAGCAUAUAGUGUGAUAGUAACAAGUACAAAUCUUGUUUGGGGCUGGGGUGGCAGAGUCUUUAUAAACAAAAAAAAAAAGUUGAAAAACAAUAGAUCUCUAAAAAUGGGAGUGGGGAAGCCUCAUUUAAAAUUCUGUAAACCACUAUUUCUCUCAGUCCACACACUUAGUACCAUCUUCAGCAAAGGAGGCAGUCAUUAAGAAAUCUCAGGUAAAAUGCCUGGGUGUCUUUGUUUUUGUUUUUGUUUUUUUUGAAUUUGCCUUGUACUUGAAUGCCGCUAAUGCUAGGGGGAUCUACCUUUCCUUGCCUGGAGCGUGACGAGUUAGGUACAGCCUCUGCGAGCGAGGCUUUGCACACACUUGACUAUGUAAGGAUUUAUUUUAUGAACAAAAAGGGUUCGUUUCUGUGGUCCUAUUAAUUAUUCCUUUUGAAACAUAUUCCAGUAUUUUCAGAUAAAGUAUCAAAAUGUUUGGCACAGCUUCACACUUCAGAAACCCUCUCCCGAUAAAAGGGACGAACACAAAACCAGACUUUAGACGAGUUGCAGAGUUGGAGGGAAGCGGAGGUGCAAUGCAGGGGUUGCUUUGGCUCAGUGAGCAAGGUAAGGGGGGGAGGCCGGGGGAAGAAUCUGUUGUUAAUAAUUCAAAAAAAUAAAAUAAAAUAAAAGUGGCACAGGAGCUUUUCCAAGCCAAGUGAAGAAAACAAUUGUAUUUAGCUUGUUUGGUAUGGCUGAAAAAAAAAAGAGAGAGAGAAAGAAAUUCUCCUUUGCUCCUCUGUGAACUGCGCUGUCAAUGCAAGUUUCCCUGCGCAGGCAGGGUUUUCUGCUUCGCACACAAAGUAUGCUCUUUGCGUGGGUGGGUGGUGGGGCGUUUGUUUUUUCGUUUUCUUUUUGUAGCGGUGCGUACAGAACGUGACGUCGGGGUUUUCUGGCUGCGGGUACCUCCCCGAUCUGGAUUUGCCUUGCAUCUCGGGCGCUUUACUGUCAUGGUUCUCUGCCUUUUUUGUAUGGCGCAGCAAGAUCUUGUGUAACUACUUUGUACAGCCAGAGAAUAUUGCAUGUGUUAAAACAGUUAAAUCCAUAUGUGAAAAAAAUCCAGAACUGCUCAUUUAAUCACCCUACAUUUGUUUUCUGUAAAGUUUUUUCUGCUUCCCCCCCCACCCCCAAUGAAUGUACUGUUGAGACAGUUGUAAAAUGUGACUGUUGCUUUGUUCUGAUCCUAGCUGGAAAAUUGUACUGCGAUUUUGAGGUGAGAGUUGGAGUUUCUGGAGGGUGUUCUGUUUUUUAAACCAUCUGUAGCCUGCUUGUUGGGGGGGGGGGUGUACGUGUGUAUGUACAUACUGCAUGUUUUUACACGUGGCACUUACGUGUUCUGUUAGGUUAUCGUUCUAGAUUGAACUGUUAAAUACUGUGUUUGAGGUGGCUUGUCGUUUUUAUAACUGUCCCGAUGUUUUAUUGUCGCUAUUUAUUACUUUUGAUAUACAGAAAGAGCUGCAUGCAUUUACAGAGCAAUAAGAGGAUGUAUUUAAUGUGCCUUGUUUUUAACUGAAUAAGAACUGAAAGCAUGAAUCAAUAAAACUGGUUAAAAAUGGUCCA